UGAUACAGUUCACGAGGCAUCCUCCCAUCUGUCCAUCUCUCUUCUCUCUAAACAAUUAAUAAUAAUAUAAUAGCAAACAGAGCAAAAGAAUAGAGAUAUAGAGAGAUGGAAAACGGUAGAAGCAGAACAGAGACGAAGGUGAUGAUGAUGAUGAAGGAGCCACCCACACCCACAACAACCCCCCUCAGAAAGGUUCAGAUUGUGUAUUACCUCUCUAAAAACGGCCAGCUUGAGCACCCGCAUUUCAUGGAAGUCUCUCAUUUUGCCCACCACCCACUUCGAUUGAAAGAUGUAAUGGAUCGACUCAUGAUUCUUAGAGGCAAUGCAAUGCCAUCUCUGUAUUCUUGGUCUUGCAAGAGGAGUUAUAAGAACGGAUAUGUUUGGAAUGAUUUGGGUGAAAAUGAUGUGGUGUAUCCAUCUGAACCUGAAGGAGGAGCUGAAUACAUACUCAAAGGAUCUGAGAUUCAUCUUCAACCUUCUUCCUCCUCUACUCAAAAAAUCCAGCAGAAUGACGUCAGCCCCAGACCAAUGCAGCAAGUUACAGCUGAUCAAGUUACUGGUAUAUACCCAAAACGCACUACCCAACACGCUAAACGACAUACUGAACCACAAGAAGUAGGACAUUACAGCGAAGAAGAAGAAGAAAACUAUGAUGAUCAGUACGAAGAUGAAAAACAAAAAGCUAAGAGUAAUAGAUCCUCAAAAGAAACAUCCACCGAGUUAACUCGCCAUCUUCCCAAGCCAACUCUCAGCCCUAUCUACGACUCGGAAGGAUCUGAGUCAGUACUGAGUCGAAACUCGGUACUGUUUCAACUCAUUCCCUGCGUAGGCGGAGGGGCGGCGGCUAUCAAGGGUAGUAGGAUUAUUUCCUCUCCUGCUGUGGUGACAUCUUUUAGAGAGAAAAAUGGGAACAACAAUAAUCUUCAUAAGGAAGUACUUCGCAACAGGGCCGCGGCAGCUGCAGCGGCGGCAGAGUUGGAGGAUAAGAUGAUAAUAAGGUGCAUGUCGGAGAAUCCACGAUUCGGAAACUUGCAAUCGGAGGAGAAAGAAUAUUUCAGUGGAAGCAUAGUUGAGUCGAUGAUCUCGAAGGAGGAGCGAGUCAAAUCGGUCGAGUUAGCUCAGUUGAAGAAAUCAUCUUCAUACAAUGAAGAAAGGAGCGGAAAGAGUGGACUUGGGGAAACAGAGGAGGAAUUGCAGAAGGGACCUGCAGAUAAAGUAAAGAAAGAUGAAAUGAAGAAGAGAGAGAAAGUAGUGAAAUGUAUUCCGAAGAUGAGAUCUUCCUGCACUAAACAACCCAACAAGAAGAAAUGACCCUACAUCCCCUUUUCUCAAUUGUCAACACUGAACCUGCAACCAGAAACGACAAUGCAUGUGAGAGAAAUGGCUUUAAUUUCAUUAUUUAAUGUCCAAAACUUUCAAAUAGUUUAAAAUGGUGACGCUUGAACUUUUGUACUUGGAUUUCUACCAAACU